AUGUUUGACAAGUAGGAAGAAGGGAGCUGGCCGCCAUAUCUCUGAGCAGUAGACAACACAACCACGCUUUCAGUUCUCCUUCUACUCGAGGGGUUGUUUGCUGCUCUGGGAAGGAAUUACAUCUUCAAAUCUGAGGGAGAAAGACACAAAGAGGCCAUGGAGGUGCUCGUGCUGAUGGACUUCGAGGGCACCAUGGGAGACGAGAUGUCAGUGAGGAUGGGGGACGUGGUCAAAAAUGUCACCAAGGCCAGCGAAGAGGGAUGGCUGCAGGGGGAGCUGAGAGGAAAGAGAGGGAUCUUCCCUGCUAACUUUGCCACGGAGGUGCCAGUCUAUCUGAUUGGGGAAGGCAAGAGGGAACCGCGGAGCAUUCGAAAAUCGAAGAAGACGAAACCGACCAGGAAGUGCGAGGUAGCGUUUGCCUACGACCCCUUAAAUGAAGACGAGCUGCAGCUGGUUGUCGGGGAGACGCUAGAGAUCAUCAGAGAGAUAGAAGAUGGAUGGUGGAUGGGGGUGAAAAAUGGCAGAUUUGGGGCAUUUCCUUCCAAUUUUGUCAAGGAAAUUUUUGUGUCUCCUAAAGACGGCAAGCACAAUGAGGGCAAGGCCAGACCCAAGCUCACUGACGCAGUGUUCAACAAGGAGAUAUCUCAAAGGACAAGUGUGAGGAGCAAAACCAAACACGUGGUGGAGUGUUGCCAAGUCAUGUUUGACUACAAGGCCAAUACGGAUGACGAGUUGGAUCUGAAAGCAGGAGACGUCGUUGUUAUCCUGAGAAAGGAAACAGAAGAUGACGGCUGGUGGGAAGGAGAGCUAAACGGACGCUGUGGCUUCUUUCCUGAUAACUUUGUCAUGUUGAUACCACCAAUGCACGCUCAGCAAUCUGGGAUCACAAGCCAACCGCCUGCACGCAACAACAACAACACGCAACUCCCAGCGAAGACGGAGGCCUCCGCGAUGGAGAAAGUCGGUCCAGCAAAGACAAAAGAUGACAAACCAGAGAUUAAGGACCUGAGAAGUAAUCCUCCAACCAAAGUCAAGCUGCUAUCCUUCAACAAGCCCAGUCCGCCUCCAGUCAAAGGCAAACCCAACACGGUGUUACCCAACAGAACCAACGGCGAUGCGGCUCCGGCUUCGCCGAAACAACUGGAAGAGGGAGAGACCGACCAGUUUGACGGAUUGAAUGUACAGAGUGAUAAACUCUGCCACCCGACAGCAAACAGAGCCAAACCCCCGCAGAGGAGACCCCCAUCAGGCCUGGUUACGCCAGCACAAGCUCAAGGGGCCGCUGACCAGACAGAACCAGAAUCAUCCUCAAAUAAGACGGAGAAAUCCCCGGGUUUGCCAAAGUCGGAUCAUCGGUCUCCGGUUCGACCGGCACCACCAAAAGCCGCGGAUGACAAAGCCGUGACGCGUAAAGAAGACGCAACUGUGGAAAGCCUGCAGGCCGAGAUCAAACAGCUGAGGAUGGCUCUGGAGCUGCUGGAGACGAGACAAGACCAAGACAUGCAGGAAGUGAGAGAACAGCUGAGGACGGAGGGAAGCAAACGAGUGGCACUGCAGGAGGAAGUACACAGUUUGAGGAAGAAAUAAUCCCAACACACACUGGGACUGAGCGGCCGGUCUGACCCGGUGCCAUGUGGGCUUGCACACUGCAAAUUUAAAACGGGAUAAAAAGGUGUCUGGCAUGAAAUGGGGACGGAAAAGAUAAGCUAGCUCUCCCACUGCAGAAACACGAGCAAGGGCUAAAUUACAAAGUGUAGUUGGAUUUAGGAUCAAACUAAUCCUGCACUGGACUGGAGAAACCUAUUAAUUUAAAUAGACUUUUAAAUGAUGUACUGUUUUUUGUAAGUUUUUUACAUAUUUGAAUGCUGGAAAUGACAAAUGUUGGUUAUUUGGCGGUCACUUUGUUGCAAAUGUAUCUUUUACAUUGUUCUGUUUCUAUUUUCACCUCUAUUAACUUGACUUUUGGUUUUAAUGUAAAAUAUCGCUGGCGAAUGUUGCAGGUGAGAGGGAGGCCGGGGUCAACCCCGGACUAAGCGGCUGAACAUGUAUGGAUGGAUGUUUUUACUGUACUUACAUUAACACAUACCCUGGCAACAUAUGUCAAAUGUGCAUCUGUACAUAAGAGGAAAUAUUAAAAUUCUGUAAAGACUUAAAAUAUAAUUGUACGUCCUCCAGAGGGGCACAACUGUCUAUCUAACGCAUGGUUUGACGUGGAGGUGAUUUUCUACAGCAGAGUGUAAUGCUGCAUCAAUCCACUGGGGGGCACUGUGUGACUAUUCUACAUACAGAGCAAGGUUAACCUUUUCAGUGAAUGCAGGAUUGGUGGAAACGAUCAUACAAUAGUGACUUUACAUGAGAAAACAUAGAACGUAUAUCCUUUAUAAUAAUAAACAUGUUGUUGAGAUGUAAGAAAA